CUCUUCUGGGUAGCAAUGCCAUCAGAAACCACAAUUUCACUUAACAUACUCGGUUCUUACCUGACCACGAGAAAUAUCGAGCAAGAAGACCUGUUUACAAGCAAUAUGCGGUCGUUAAUAAUAUUGGUCCUCGCAGUUGUGGCUAUCUCAACUGCCUCCAGCAGGGAGACGAGAGGAGAGAUGAGAGUACUACGGCCACUGGCAAAGGGUAAACGCGGUGUCAGUGAUUAUUCAGGCGGCUACUCGUCCGGAGGAUCAUCUUACAGUUCUCCAAUUCACUCGAGCGGAAGUUCAGGAUACAGUGGAGCAUCGCUUGGAGGUUAUUCCCUGGGACACUCGGCUAUUCAGAGCUUGGGAGGUGGAUUGGGACACGGUUCCGUUGGAUACUCACUUGGAUCCGGAGGAUCUAGCCUGGGCCAUGGAUUGAGUCUCCAAGGACUCUCUUUGGGCGGUCAUUACGGUCAGCCCUCGUAUUCCGGCGGAGGAGGAAGCAUCGCGUUAUUCUCUCCUUCCUCGAAGACUGGACCAGUCACUUUCGGACUCCACGGAGGCGGUCUUUCUUCCGGCAGUUCCGGUUCCAGCGGCUACUCUUCACCGAUAUACGCGACAGGAGUCCACGGAUUGUCAUCUUACAGCAGUGGCGGUUCGUCCAGCGGCAUCAGUCUCCAUCCAGCGAUGUUGGGCUCCUCGCACGGUGCUACCUUCAGUCUGCCAGCUGCUUCCUCUUCUAGCCAUAGCAUCCCGAUUCAAUCGAUCUCGCAAAGUUCUUCCUAUCCGGUCAGCGGAGGUUUGUUGAUCGACUCUGGAUCACUGGGGAAAAGCUCGAGUUAUAGUCAAGGGGGAUCUUCCUUGGGUAGUCUGCACGGAUCCAGCGGUGGUUCCGGUUACUCUAUCCCUAUCUCGAGUGGAUCUCACGGAAUAUCUAGCCUCUCUUCGAAUUCUGGAGGUUCAGUCAGCUAUUCCUUGCCAGUCUCCUCUGGGUCUCAUGGAAUAUCCAGUCUGUCCUCCCAUUCCGGUGGAUCCGGAGGUUAUUCGCUACCAGCCUCGUCUGGAUCGUCCAACAGUCACAUUAGCUAUUCUAGCGGCUCCUCCGAUGCUUCCAGUUAUUCCCUUCCAGCUUCUUCUGUAUCCUACUCUUCUGGAUCGUCCGGGUCCAAUUCUUACUCUAACUACAUACCGUCUUCCUCUGAUGGCUCUUCCUACGCCUCCGGUGGAAGUUCCAGCUACUCGAGUCCCUCUUCCAGUUAUUCCAACUCUGGUUCUAGCUACUCCAGCCCGAUUUCCAGUUACUCCAGCCCAAGUUCCAGUUAUUCCAGCCCCAGUUCCAGUUAUUCCAGUCCGAGCGUGACUUACUCUGGAUCCUCCGGUGGCUAUUCUCAAAGUUACUCGUCUCCAUCCUCGUCGUACGGAACACCUGCGGAAUCCCAUGGUUCCUAUUCGAAUUUGAGCCCCAGAUACGUGGGAUAUUCUUCAGGGAAGAGUUACGACAGCUCGAACUCUGCCAGCAACAAAUACGACACCAUUUCCUACUCCAGCCCUAACGGAAAAUAUUAA